UACAACAGUGCACUCAUUCUGCAUUUUCAGGUUUGGAAUAUUGUUCUUGAUAAAUGUGAAGCAGGUAAACAUCCUACGUUUUAAUUGAUCAGAUAUAACAUCACAUAAAAAAUGCUUCUCCAGUUUUAGUGUGGCCAAUCAAAUUCCGUAAAAUAUUUACUGCUGUUGACAAAUUGGCCGGGAAAAGCAAAACAUGCGAAAUGUCAGUGCACCAGCUGAGUGAACUUCUUCUGCAUGCUAUUCAAGGAAAUCGCCUCAGAGAGGCAGGAACAUUGCUGAAGGAUGGUGCUGAUCCAAAUAGAAUCUUAAUAGAAGCUGUCACCCCCUUCCACCUGGCUGUGGGCUCAGAAACCAGCGCUGUGGAGUUUACCCGCCUACUUCUUCAGUAUGGAGCAAACCCUAAUGUCAGAGACACAGAAAGCACUACCCCAUGUCAUGUGGCUGCAGCUUAUGGCAAAUUACAGGUGCUCAAACUACUAGUCAGCAAUGGAGGGGACCCAUUUAUGGAAGAUAUGGAGUGCCAGUCUGCACUUGACCUAGCUCUGUUAAAUAACCACUCUGAUGUGGCAGAGUACAUCCACAGUCUUCAGGAGGAUAGCAGAGAAGAAUUACAGACUACUGUUAGAUCUAUUCUCAAUCAGCGUAUUUCUGCCUGGGAGCUGUCAUGUCUGUCCCUGCCAUCUCGUCCAAGCUCCGCUCUGUCAUCUGUUGGCUCAGAGUCCAGGCUUUCUGACGGCCACAGUUCAAGUUCUUUACUCAAUGUUUCCAAGCUCCAGGUAGUUAAUGAACCAAGAAAACAGAAGCACAGGCGCUCCCUUCGCCCAGUUAUAAACACUAAAGCUCGUCAGAGUUUCUACACAGAGAGUGUGAACCGACUGCUGGAGAAAUUUUCUGCUGACGAAGACAUUUUUGAUGUUUCAUCUCCAGACCAUCCUUUUAUAGCACCAAAAGUGGAUAAUGUGGAUUUGGAUGACACUCUUCCAUGUAACACAGACACCACAGAGAGCAUUUGUGACACUAGAAAUGACGUUGAUGAAAACCUGCCAACAGUUGCAUCAUUUGUGGAACCUAGUUCACUGUACCAGACUGCAGGAGACACAUGCCUGGAUACAUACCCUGCUCAAAGACAAACAGUUUCAAUGAAAUCAUUCAAUGACUCCACUUCUCAGUCUCCUUUGAUGCCAAAUAUACAUUCCAGUACCUUUCCAACAUUACAAAAUCUUACAACAAUGAAGUCGUUUAGUGAACUUGCAUCCCAGCAUAAACCAACAGCAGCAGGUGAUGCAGCGUUCUUUGAUUCCCUGAGCAACAGAGGCCUUGACUCAAGACACCAAAAGUGUGAGCAAAACGACCCAGAGUUGAGUCGAGAUGAGAGCAGUGAAUCAUUUCACACCUGUGAAUCCGAUCAUGAAGGUCCAGUGACAGUGGCCCAGGAUGACUGCGACGGACUUGCUGCCCAGCUUGCAGGUGCUCUCUCCUUAGUGACCAAGUCUGAGGAAGAAGGUCACAAAGAUGUGGGGCGAAUACUUGUGAUGAAAGAAAAUGGCAACGAAACAUCUCCAGCAUCAAAUUUUUACUUCACUGAUAACAAACCUGGUGGCAUGAACACCAGUGGCUCCACUGUGGGGUCUCUGGCAGACGGCCUGGAGUUUGGGGACCACAGCUUACUGACCCCUGACCACUCAGUGGUCAGUCCCCGUGCUGGCAGCCAGUGCAGCAGUUUGGUCAGCAGCGUGUCCAGUCUGGUGUCAGAGAUAGAAGAAUGGGUCCACACUGAAGACAAGGUUGGUGCUAGCAUCAUCGAGAUGCACAUCCUGCCAGAACCAACUGCCAUUGACUCCAGUGUUCUCAGCGAGGUUCCUCCAGAGCCAGAGGACUACAAGGACUGGAACAGCUUCCUACCAGGAGACAGUAACCAGGUACAGAUCCCCGCAGAGCUGGCUGCACUGAGUAAUGAGGAGGUCAGGAGACGGCUGUUUCACAUGGGGGACUUCCCUGGCCCUGUGAUGGACUCCACCAGGAUGCUGUACCUCAGAAGGCUGGCCAGACUCCUACAUAAUCCUGACUUGGCUCAAAAACAUGUACCUGUGGAUAAGCCAGUGUUCAAGCAAGAGUUGGCCUUAGGCUUGAAAGGUAACUUGGACAUGAGUGUGUGUGAGGGCUUGGAACAACAGCUGUGUGGUCAGUUUGCCAGUCCUGACCCUGCCAUGUUCUGGAGGGAGGGGAUACAGAAGUCUUCCUUUAACUACAUGUUACUGGACCCCAGGGUGACCAAGAACCUGCCUUGUAGAGCUAGGAACAUGAAUGAAGCAGAUGUUUUCCAGACCUUCAUUGCUGCCAUUUUUUACAUUGGCAAAGGCAAGAAGAGUAGAGGAUACAGCCAUUUCUUUGAAGCGCUAGAGAUCAAGAAUAAGCAAAAUAAAAAGGAAAACCAAAAGGUGAAGCACAUAUUGGAGAUCUGGGAGGAAGGUCUGGGUGUGGUAUCUCUACAUGUCUUCAACAGUAUCAUUCCAGUAGAAGCCUACACCAGGGAGGCUGCCAUGAUAGAUGCUAUAGGACUAGACAGGUUGACUAAUAUCAAGAAAGGAGACUACUAUGGCAAGGCUAGCACAUGGACAUUGAAACAGAAGAGACUUCUAGGGACAUACCUGCUAAAGAAAGCUCUGCAAAUAUUUCUGAUAGAAGGAGAGAGACAGAUCAGGCCAGGAGAUUUGAAAAAUAAAUAAACUGAUAUAUUUUUGGAAUUCUGUGUGUAGUUUUUUUUUCAAAACUCAUUCAAAGUAGAAAAUAAAGCUCAGGACUUUUUAUGAUUAUACAAAACGGUUGUUGUAUAUUUGAAGUCCUGAGGUAUGGCAUGUAGAUUUUAACUCGGUCACAAGUCUUCAACUUUAGGGGUGAUGACCUUGAUUUAUUAAAUCCGUUGUGUUCCUGAAAGGUAGCUGAUCCUCAUAUAUUUAAAUGUAGUCAAACAUAAGACCACUGACUCUGCUCUCUAUAGCAUUCUUUGAAUUUUCAGUCAAUUUGAUGAAAUAUUCUGCCUAAAUGAUAUACAAGUGAUUUUAAACCAUCAGCAAUAAUGAAAUCCACCUGUAUGUAAUGAGCUUUGUACUCUUCAUUGUUAUUCAUCUUUAUGUAUGACGUUGCAGACGAGGUCCCUGUAAAGUUACCCCUGACAAGGGUAUUAUAAAAAUUUGGCAAUUGUUAUGGGCAUAAUCCAUAAUUGUAAGACAAUUUCAUAUUGUUUAAAUUUUUUAAUUGUUAAUUUGCAUAAUAAAUAUUUAAAUUGUUAGAGUGUGUAGAAGAAAGCAUUUCCUCGUUUGAUUUAGCAUAGUACAUAUUGAUCUAUUAAAGUAGAUAUUGUGAAGAAUUAAGACAAGUCCAACCUUAAAGGAAUUUUUAAAAGGAUAGAUAUGUAAAUUCAUUGUAUCAGUAGCAGUACUUGUGAUCUAAUUAGAUAUAUGUAGCAAGUGAAACUAUUACAUGGUAUAUUUUAACACCUUUUGGUCUAGCAAAUUAGCCAACUGAAAGUUUCUGAAUUCUGAGAAUUCCAAUUUUGCAAUAUAAUAAAUAUGAA